AUGAAUUUUUGCCCUGAUAUUAUUGGAGAAUAUCAAAUGAAGGGAGAUAUUGGACAUGGAGCUUUCUCAACUGUUCGCUUAUGCCAACAUCUCGAAACUGGUAAAUUUUACGCUUGCAAGAUCGUAUCAAGAUCAAGAUUACUCAUGCACAACUUAGAAAUGCGCUUUGAAAAUGAAAUUAGAAUCAGCCAGCAAUUAAGGCAUCCUGGUGUAGUUGCUCUUUACGACGUUUUAAAGGAUGAACAUAAUUAUUACAUUAUUAUUGAAUUCUGUCCAAACGGGGAGCUUUUCAAUCUCGUUGUAAACAGCGGCCGAUUAACGGAGCCUGAAGCAAAAGUAUUUAUUUGUCAAUUAUUAUACGCGCUACAAUAUGUUCAUUCUUUAGGAAUUUGCCAUCGCGAUUUAAAACCUGAAAACCUACUUUUAGAUCAGAAUGGCAGGGUCAAAAUUUCUGAUUUCGGGCUCUCUCGUUUUGUAGGGCAAAACGGAUUAGUCAGUACUCCAUGCGGCUCUCCAUGUUACGCAUCGCCAGAAUGUGUAUCCGGUCAGUCCUAUGACGGCCGUAAAAGCGAUAUUUGGAGCUGCGGCGUCAUAACUUAUGCUCUUUUAACAGGGCAACUCCCAUGGACUAAAAGAAAUCAGCAGCAAUUGUUCGAACAGAUCAGAAGAGGUGAAUAUACAAUUCCGGAAUACUUAAGCAAAAGCUGCAAAUCCUUCAUUUCCGGUUUGAUGACUGUGAACAGUGAUUACAGAAUGACAAUUGAACAGGCUCUACACCACGAGUGGCUGGCUGGAAGCAUUCCUGUCUACUACCAACUCACAAUGUAUAAUGAGAUGCAAAAUGAACCUCAUCCAACUCCUUCUCUGCGAAAACUCGAUUAUAUUUUCGAAAAGGAUGAUGCAGCAGAGGAAGAUAUCAGCGACAGUUCAUAUUUGCUUACAAGUCCCUCAAUUUCUCAAUCAAUUCUAUCGGUGAAGAAGACACUGCUAUCUAUCAAUCCUCAGGGAUUUCAAAGUGUCGCACAGUCAGAAGUUGUAGUUUAG